AAAUCUAGUGUGAGUCAGAAAAUUAAGGGGGAGGUUUGGAGUUGCACGGAUUCCAGUUCACGGACCUUUUUCUUCCCAUCGAAAUAGUCAUAAAACUUGUUUAGAAGCCCCCGGCGUGCUCCUUUCCUUUCUCGUGAGGAAUAAAACAAACAACAAGCGACGUAAAGGACUAGUGGCCUAAAAGAGUAUUUUCUUCGUAGGCGAAAGGACCGCGAUUCAUCGUGAGUGAAGAAGUUGUGAUCAAUGGAGGAUCGAACCAGUAAAGUUGGCCAACAUUGUUUGUGUUAGCAGUACUUUAAAAGAAUACUUGCGGGUGGAAAAAUCUGAGUGCAUCCCACAUUCUUCACCAGAUCAUUCGAAAUCUGUUUCAUCACUCGGAAGUUUUGUUCCGCUUUCUCCUUGGUAUUUAAUCUGGCACGCGCGCUUUCUUCCCAUUGCGAGUUUGGGAUAAUAUGAUCGAGUUUGUUAGCUAAACUUCUACACUUGCGGCUCCCUCAUUGUGACUGGAAUUACUCCUGUUUUUGAGGAAGUUUUUCUGCAGCCAAUCUCAGUCCCGGAGUGUUCUCAGUAGACCAACGCUGGCUGGCCGCCCGUAAGUUCAAAUUUGCAAAUGACCCACUGCUGAUCCUCCAAAGUUCUGAAUGGAGUUCCAGUCACAGAAAAGCCAACAAUUAUAGCUCCCUCAACAGGAUGCUGAUGAGGCCAAGUGUACUUUUGUUACUGGCUUUCCUUGCCCAGGUUUUAAGGACACAGUGCCGCCCUGCAAUUCCUGAUGAAGUCUCCGUGGAAACACAAGCCGAGCUUUUUACCCUCUAUCCUGGAGAUCGUCUGGACCUACAUUGUUUCAAGGAAUCCCUGGUUGCUGUCAACUGGACCAAAGACCAUGUGGUCAUAGUAGAUGGAGAACACACUCGCAUACGCAAUGGCCAGUUGGAGAUUGAGACAGUGGAGCUGACUGACUCUGGACUGUACGCAUGCAAGGCCUUUGGCAACCGUAGUGUCUUUUUCAACGUCACAGUUGACACCUUGGCCUCAUCUGAGGAUGAUGACGAGGAUGAAGAAUCUUCAGAGGAAGGGAAAUUAUUAGGCAGUCAGAAACUACUCCCAAUGCCCCCACAGUGGGCUCAUCCAGAAAAAAUGGAGAAAAAGCUACAUGCUGUUCCUGCCAGUAAGACAGUCAAGUUCCGCUGUCAGGCCAAUGGCAACCCAACACCCACAUUGAAAUGGUACAAAAAUGGAAAAGAGUUCAAAAGAGACCAUCGGAUUGGGGGUUUUAAGGUUCGCGACCAUGUUUGGACUAUCAUCAUGGAAUCUGUUGUGCCCUCUGAUAAGGGAAACUAUACUUGUGUCGUGGAAAACGUGCAUGGGAGCAUCAACCACACCUACCAGCUGGAUGUUGUUGAGCGCUCCCCACACAGGCCCAUCCUGCAGGCUGGCCUUCCUGCUAAUCGCACUGCAGUGGUGGGCAGUGAUGUGGAGUUUGAAUGCAAGGUCUUUAGCGACCCUCAGCCUCAUAUCCAGUGGUUAAAGCACAUCGAGGUCAACGGAAGUCGCGUUGGUACAGACGGAUUGCCAUAUGUCCGUAUCCUCAAGCAUUCUGGCGUCAAUAGUUCGGAUGCUCAGUUGCUCACCCUCUACAAUGUGACUGAGGAGGACAGAGGAGAAUAUAUAUGUAAGGUGUCCAAUUAUAUAGGCGAGGCCAAUCAGUCGGCCUGGCUGUCUGUCACCAGAUUUGAGCCCACAGCCACCCCACACUAUCCUGCUGCCAACCACACUUAUCUGGAAGUGGUCAUCUACUGUGUGGGCUUCUUCUUCAUAGCAGUCAUGAUUGCCAUCGCCAUUAUAGUGAAGAUUCGCACCUCCUCCAAGAAGAGUGACUUCAACAGUCAGCUGGCUGUCCACAAGCUGGCUAAAAGCAUCCCCCUGCGCAGACAGGUGUCUGUGGACUCAAGUUCCUCCAUUCACUCUGGUGUGAUGUUAGUUCGACCUGCUCGCCUUUCCUCCAGCGGUUCUCCAAUGUUGUCAGGGGUUUCUGAGUAUGAACUACCCCAAGAUCCACGCUGGGAACUUCCACGAGAUCGACUUGUUCUUGGGAAGCCCUUGGGCGAAGGAUGCUUUGGUCAGGUCGUGAUGGGAGAAGCCCUGGGUCUCGACAAAGAGAAGCCAAAUCGUGUGACAAAGGUCGCGGUGAAAAUGUUGAAGUCUGACGCUACUGAGAAAGACCUGUCAGACCUGAUUUCAGAGAUGGAAAUGAUGAAGAUCAUUGGGAAACACAAGAACAUCAUAAAUCUGCUAGGAGCCUGCACACAGGAUGGUCCGUUGUAUGUGAUUGUGGAGUAUGCAUCCAAAGGCAAUUUGAGGGAGUUCUUGCGUGCACGACGCCCUCCAGGCAUGGAGUACUGUUACAACCCAGACCAGGUUCCUGUCGAGAACAUGUCCAUCAAAGACCUGGUAUCCUGUGCCUAUCAAGUGGCCCGAGGCAUGGAGUACUUGGCUUCCAAGAAGUGCAUUCACAGAGAUCUUGCUGCUCGUAAUGUUUUGGUAACUGAGGACAAUGUGAUGAAGAUAGCUGAUUUUGGCCUGGCAAGAGACAUACACCACAUUGAUUACUACAAAAAGACCACCAAUGGUCGUUUACCAGUCAAAUGGAUGGCUCCUGAAGCACUAUUUGAUCGAAUAUACACACACCAAAGUGAUGUCUGGUCAUUUGGAGUUCUGCUUUGGGAAAUCUUUACCCUGGGAGGCUCUCCAUACCCUGGCGUCCCUGUAGAGGAACUAUUUAAGCUGUUGAAGGAAGGCCACCGGAUGGACAAACCCUCCACAUGCACUCAUGAAUUGUACAUGAUGAUGAGGGACUGCUGGCAUGCUGUGCCCUCACAGAGGCCUACAUUCAAGCAGCUUGUAGAGGACCUGGACCGCUGUCUGGCCAUGACAUCCAACCAGGAGUAUUUAGAGCUAUCCGUGCCCCUGGAUCAAUACUCCCCCAACUACCGUGACACCCGCAGCUCUACCUGCUCCUCCGGUGAAGACUCGGUCUUUUCCCACGAUGCUGGUGCUGAGGAGCCCUGCCUUCCUAAGCUCCCUCCCCAUUCUAAUGGGGCGGCCAUCAAGAAACGCUGAUACCUCAUCACCAUGCAGACAAAACAUUUACAUUUCCUCUGCUCCAUGCCUCACGGGGUUGUGGACUCUUCGCCUUACAUUACCAGAGAUGAAGCUAAGGACCACUGCUGCUCGGUGGGACAGGAACUCGGUGAUGAGACGUCUCGGAGAACUUGUUGGAUAUCAAGGACUGCACAGCGCAGCCUUUUCACGGUUCUAGGUGGAACAAUGUUUACGGGGCACUUUCUGUUAACUGGAAUGAAAGUUUGUUGAGUUUUUGGAAAUGUGUUUUCCAUUCCCACGCAGGACAGGAGAAUCAUGAAUUGACUUGGAUCAUUUUUUCUUUUUUUUUUAAUAAUCCAGUUACUUCAUCAGCACAGCAUUUUACUUUACGGACUAAAAUCCAGAGCAAAUAAUACCAAGGAACGUGCAAGACCAUUGUACACUGCCAUUCACUAUAUCUUCUUGUAAAUACUGCUAAGAAAAUAUAAAUAUGAAUAUAUAUUAUAUAUAUAUAUGUACUGUAUAUUUACACCAUACUCUUAUUUUUUAUCGGCUUAAUAGAUUUAUUUUCUUUUGUACAAGGGUGUUUGUUCGAUCCAUUUUUGAUUAUAGUCCUGAUAACAUAACUGCCUUUUUCCAGGUUUAAUUGCCCUCAUUUAAUGUCAUAACCGUCCAUAGAAAAUAGAUAAGGUAUUUUCUAUUAUAUUUAAACAUGAUUUUUCUUACUACAUCAUGCAUAUCAGUGUAAGUUGAUAUUUGAGGGUGCUCUGUUUGGCACCAUGAGAGAUACAUUUAUGUAUAGGUGUGACUGAACAUGUGUGUGAGUGAAGAAACAUGAAUUUUAUAUAGAUCGACAAAUAAUGACUACAACUCUAAACAUGGUUCUCUACAUAUUUAGCUUCAGUCAAUGUCAUGCACUUCGACUGCUUGCAUGCCGUGUGACAAACUUAACUUGUACAAUACAUGCUUUAACAUGAGGUACAUUUUCUCCCAAAUAAGUUCUAAAAGAUUUCAGAACACUUCUACCCACAUGAAUGGAUAACAUUAAAUAAAAUGCUUUUACAAAAGACAGAUGACCAAAACUGUUAUACGAUGAAUUUAUAAGUAAUCACGAGUUUCUGUGUACAUGGGGUAUAUUCUUCUUGGACCAGCAAAAAAUGCUAAAUCAAAAUGGCAUAUAUUAGUCACACUGGUGUAUGAGUGGCAGUUUUGGGGGGGAUUUUAUCGGAGACCAAGACCUAAUAUUAUAAUGUACAUUAUGGACAGAGGUGGGUAGAGUAGCCAAAUAUCUUACUCAAGUAAAAGUAUGCAUCCAAAAAUGUACUCAAGUACAGGUAAAAAACUUUAUUGAAAAUAAUACUCUAGUAAUUAGUAACUUUGUGAGUAGCUGCUUGUAAAGUUAGAUUUUUUAAAAAUCUAUAUAUAUAUUUUUUUUAUCACAGCACAACUUCAUCGAUAUGAACUGUUAUUAUUAUACUAUAUUAUAACCUAUUACAUGACCAUAUUAGGUCAAAAUGAUGACACAAGAGUCAUCGAAUACAGACCAGAACAACAAUAUGAAACAUCACCAGUCCAAAGAGCAUGAGUGCCCUCCAGUGGAGAAAAAACAUUGUUAACUCUGAUUGGUAUAAUGGAGUCACGUGGUUAUUGUUUCGACGUCUCAUUGGUGAAACUGAGACGGCCACUGUUGGCAUCUCUGGCAGUAAUAAAGUCAAUGUGUAGAAUAAACACGAAAAAUGCAAACAACUCUAGUGUAGCCCAAAGUAGUGGAGUAAGAGUCGUGUUUCUUUACAAAUCUACUCAAGUAUGAGUAAAAAGUAAUGCGUGGUAAAACUAAGAAGUACAUUUUUAUCAAAAAGUUACUCAAGUAAAUGUAACUGAGUGAAUGUAAUGUGUUACUACUAGGGUUGUUCCGAUCGUGUUUUUUUGUUCCCGAUCCGAUCCCGAUCGUUUUAGUUUGAGUAUCUGCCGAUCCCGAUAUUUCCCGAUCCGAUUGCUUUUUUUUUUUUUUUUUGCUUCCGAUUCAAUUCCAAUCAUUCCCGAUAAUUUUUCCCGAUCAUAUACAUUUUGGCAAUGCAUUAAGAAAAAAAUGAAUAAAACUCGGACGAAUAUAUACAUUUAACAUACAGUACAUAAGUACUGUAUUUUUUUAUUACGACAAUAAAUCCUCAAGAUGGCAUUUACAUUAUUAACAUUCUUUCUGUGUGAGGGAUCCACGGAUAGAAAGACUUGUAAUUCUUAAAGGAUAAAUGUGACUUUGUAUAUUGUGACUAAAUAUUGCCAUCUAGUGUAUUUGUUGAGCUUUCAGUAAAUGAUACUGUAGCCAUUUAACUGUUCUGCCCAAAUGCAUGAUGGGAAGUGCAACCAUGACUGUGCGUAGUGGCACCAAUUGAUAUAUCUUCUCUGCGUUGGGAAAGAAUAUAUGGUGUUAAGAAAGAGAUCAACUACUACCUUUCUUCCCCACAUUGCUUCCCAUGAUAUUUCUAAUUGUUGAGAAAGGUAUAGUAUGGCUUUAGCCAAUUAAAAAAAAGUUCCAAAGGCUGCCAAAAUUCACUCUACUCAUUUUACGCUGCCUUUUAGCUCUAUAUAUAAGUAAAACGGCGCCAUUAUAGAUUGAACGCAACAAUGCGUGAAUGGGUCGUGCAGCGCAUGCGUUGAUUGCAUUAAAUAUAUUAACGUGAUUAAUUUAAAAAAAAAAUUAAUUACCGCUGUUAACGCGAUAAUUUAGAUAACCCUACUUUAAGCCAAAGCUAAAGACUCUGGAUGAGUGUAAGACAUUUUGUCUGUA